ACCGGCACCGGCAGAGGCAGCGCGGAGAGCGGCCCCGUUCAUCCCGGGGGGAGCGGCCCCGUUCAUCCCGGGGGGAGCGGCCCCAUCCCGCCGCCCGCGGCCGAGGAAGGAGGUAAGGGAGGGGGGGGGGGCUGGGGGUGAUGCAUGGGAAAGGGGUGCCCACCUCUGGGCUGGGGGGGAGUCGUGCAAAGCGGUGAGGCCACUGCCGCCCAUUUGUGCCCCCAUCGCCUGCGUGCACGCGGGCACAUCGCCUCUGCGUGGGCAUCGCUUCGGCACCGCUGCGUGUCCCAUCUCUUGCAGACCCCUUUCCGUGCCACUGCGUGCAGCGAGCCCCCCCAGGGCUAUGGCAGCUGCGGCGCUGUGUCUUUGAGAGGCUGCGGUUGCCCCUAUAGGGAUGUUAAGAUGCACCGGUCCUGCGAGGGUUAACGCACAUUUAAAACCUGCGGAGCUGCUCCAGAAAGCAGCCAUGCCGCACUUCUUGGACUGGUUUGUGCCUGUGUACCUGAUGAUCUCCAUCCUCAUCCUGGUGGGCUUUGGAGCCUGCAUUUACUACUUUGAGCCCGGCCUCCAGGAAGCCCACAAGUGGCGAACGCAGAGGCCGAUCAUGGAACGAGACCUUCGGAAGACGCUGAUGAUUCGGGACAACCUGGCCUUCGGGGUGCCUGAGGUCUGAUGUGCCCGCCAGGUGGAUGGGAGGCCAGAGGUGGUGGGAUGGCACCCACGCUCUGCUGAUUUGGGUCUCCUGCUCGCCACUCACCCUCUGGCCCUACGCUCCUCAGGUUUGUACAGCACGGCAGGCUCAGAGCUUUCUGUGAGCUUGCAGGCCAUCCUCCAGCCAAGAGUUUUUGCUCCUCCCCAGGGAUGAUGUCACCUCUUGGAGCCAUUCACACAAAGGGUCCCAUGUUUGUCACCUAAGCUGGAGCUGCCUGGCUUCUUGGCACCACCCCAGGAGGUCUCCGCAGGGGUAACAGGAUAGGUGAAGCUCUGCCAAGCAAGGGUUCAGCAAGAUCCUGAGACCAACCCUACUGAAGAUGCUCUGCUUUUCUGUUGGGGUUUUGAAGACGGAGAACUUCAGAGCCUGGUGCUCACAGUCUGAUGUUUUCAGGAGCUCUACCUUUGUGUUGAACAUUGUUACUGAUGAGGUUCGUCCAAGUCCUGUAUCAUGCACUGCUGCUCUGCAGCUCUCCAGAUCUGUCACACAGACCUCUCCCAGUUGCCCACCCUUCUGCUCUCUGCCAUUGUAUGAGACAGGACACAUCUCUGUGAGCUGCCUUCUUCAGAGUGGAUAGGCUCCAGCUCUGUGCCGCUGUCACUUGGCUGUCACUUCAGCACAAGCUCUGAGCCAUUCCUCCACCUCCUUGUCUCUGAGAAAGGACAACGCACCGCCCCUCUGUGUGGUUCCUUGAACCAACACAGGUCUCAAGUGUUGGGCUGGUAUGAGUGAGCAAUACGCCCUUGGUAAUUCUCUGGGGGUAAGAGGCAAUUUUUAGCUCUGAGGGUUUUGGCUCAGGAAGUAGUGGGUCAGGGCAUCCUGUAAAUAUCUGAGGUCUUUCUGGCACGUUUCAUCCUCCCAGACUGCAGUAGUACCGCUACUACCUUCCACACCAACACUGGGUGCCCUGGCAGGAACUGUCAGUCUCUAUUCCAAACCAGAGAAGCUGAGACCCAUUCCAUUCAGACAAGCACUGGGGGUCUUGAUGCGAAUCCCCUGGCUGGGUAGCCUCUCUCAGCAGGGAAAUGGAGCCAGCAGGCUUACUCAUGUGCCAAAAUUUGUGCUCACUGUGCUGAGCAAAGGCUCAAAACACAGGUGCAGCCUCACACAGGUGCAUACCAUGUUUGCUGUGCCGUGGUUGCUUGGGGCUGGGAAAAGAACUGUGCUGCAUGGCACCAAGUGCCAUCCUCAGUUUUAUCGACCACAUUCCUGCCCCAGCCCGCCGCCCUGCUCUGUGCCAUGAUCUCUCCACGUCUCACUAAGUACUAUUGUCAAUAGAGUCCACAGCAGAAUAAAGGUGUGUGCAAACCGUG